CGGGUAUAAAAAGAGGGAAUGUGGAUGAAUACGUCUCAGUCACCGACAGAAACCGAGAUAGACGAAUCAGCAAGGCUGCAGUAUUGAACAGAACAGAACAGAACAGAACAGAACAAUGAAGCUGUUGGCCUUGGCUUUAACCGUCGCCCUGCUGUUUACAGCUGGUGAAGCCCUGAACUGCCACCGGUGUGUCUCCAAAAAGGCCGGAGGAACCUGUGAGCUCACUGUAGAGACCUGUAAACCAGAGAAGGAUGCCUGCGCUGCUGCCAGCUUCCUCAGAGAACCACAUGGCCAAUACCAGAAAUGCAUGGCACUGUCAGACUGCGAAAUGCUGAAGAUGAACGCCUACAUCGACAUCAACUGCUGUACCGAAGACAUGUGCAACACCUUGUAAAAUGACAAUGUAUUGGAAUAUCUUUGAGCAAGGCACUUAAACCCAAUGACUCCUGCCGACACAUGUGUGAAUUCAAAGCGGCUAUUUUUAAGAAGAACAAAAUUUGCAAAUAAAAUAAAAAAAGUUUGACAAAGAGCAA